UCAUAACUAAAGAACAGCUAGACCAAUUUUUAUCAUUUUUGUGUUUUUGGAUUUGUUUUCGUCGGGAAUAGGAUAAAUAUAGUGGCCUGUUAUAAUAAAACGCAACUGACAGCUUCACAUUGAUUCUGACAACUCAGAUUCAUUGUUCAUCUGUUAUAACAAAACGCAACUGACAGGUCACGAAAUGCCUAUGUCGUUUGUUUUAAAUUAUCACAAAAUUGACCGGUAAUGUGUUUGUUUUGUGCAAGAAUUAUUAUAAUAUAAAUCUUAUUGUGACGAUAUUAUUAUUAACAAUGAUCUUUCCCGACCAAUAAAUAAAGAAGAAGAAGAUGUUAGAUUAUAAACUUAACCUCAUUCCUUCAAAGUAGAAAAUAUACUAUUAUUGUUAAAGUAAAGUACCAUAGAGAGUUAAAUAAAUACUGAGUAUUAGUUUAUAUAAACAGUUAUGAAUGAGGAUCAAAGGGACAUGCCAGCAAAAAAACCUAAACUAGAAGAUUCGCCUUCAGAGGCUACAGCAAAAUCAGAAAUGAAGAACAUUUCCCCCAACAGUAAUAGAACUCCAAGAUUAUGUCCUUAUUUAGACACAAUAAAUAGACAAUAUCUUGACUUUGAUUUCGAAAAGUUGUGUUCUGUAUCUUUAACAAGAAUCAAUGUGUAUGCUUGUUUGGUUUGCGGAAAAUACUUUCAGGGAAGAGGAACCAACACUCAUGCCUACACACACUCAGUGGCUGAGGGACAUCAUGUAUUUCUCAAUUUACAGACCCUCAGGUUUUAUUGCUUGCCAGAUAAUUAUGAAAUAAUAGAUUCGUCACUGGAUGACAUUAAAUACGUUUUGAACCCAACUUUCUCCGAGGAACAUAUCAAAAAUUUAGAUGAGAGUACAAAACUGUCGAGAGCUAUUGACGGUUCACUUUAUACACCAGGUAUAGUGGGAUUGAACAAUAUAAAAGCUAACGACUAUUGCAAUGUUGUGUUGCAGGGGCUCUCUCAUGUCACACCUUUGAGAAAUUAUUUUCUCAUGGAAGAAAACUACAGCAAAGUGAAAAGACCUCCUGGCGAUUCGGCUUAUUUACUCGUUCAAAGAUUUGGGGAACUAAUGAGAAAGUUAUGGAAUCCAAGGAAUUUCAAAGCACAUGUUUCUCCACACGAAAUGUUACAGGCUGUUGUUUUGUGGAGUAAAAAGCAAUUUCAAUUCACACAACAAGGGGACCCCAUAGAUUUUCUGUCAUGGUUCCUGAAUGCUCUGCAUAGGGCUCUGAAUGGAACAAAGAAAAAAGGGAGUUCGAUAAUAUAUAAAUCAUUUUUGGGUAACAUGAGAAUUUACACAAGGAAAAUCCCUUCCACCGAUCUAAGUGAUAAGGAAAAAAAAACAUUGUUAGCCACACCUGAAUACCAAGAAGUUAUAACGGAGUCUCCAUUUCUCUAUUUGACAUGUGAUCUACCUCCACCACCCCUCUUCAUUGACGAGUUCAGGGAGAACAUUAUACCACAGGUGAAUCUGUAUCAAUUAUUGACAAAAUUCAAUGGUCAAACUGAAAAAGAAUAUAAAACAUACAAAGAAAAUUUCAUGAAGAGAUUCGAAAUAACCCAACUGCCUCCCUACCUGAUAUUGUACAUUAAAAGAUUUACCAAAAACACGUUCUAUGUGGAGAAAAACAUAACUAUUGUCAAUUUUCCUGUCAAAAACGUGGAUUUUGCCGAAUUUCUAACCCCCGAAGUAAAAGAUAAGCACAAAAACACAAUUUACGAUCUGGUCGCAAAUAUUGUACACGACGGGGAACCAAACAAGGGAACGUACAGAGUACACAUCUUACAAAAAUCAACUGGGCAAUGGCACGAAAUGCAAGAUUUACAUGUAACCGAUAUUUUACCACAAAUGAUAACUCUGACAGAAGCCUAUAUACAAAUAUAUGAACUUAGAUCAUAGAGCAGUACCUUUUAUAAACGUUUUCUCAUUUUCAAA